AUGGCAGAUUCAGCUGUCGGUCUAAUAAAAGGUGGCAUCUCUUUAGCAAUGUACCUAAAGGAAGCCUACGAAGGAUACAAAGAAAACAAUGAAGAAUGUAAACGGCUUAUUGCAAAAGUUGAUAUCAUUAAAGAUGAGUUACCAAAGUUACAAAAUUUUGAGGAAAUAAUGGAAACCAACAGUUCUGCGGAGGCAGAUUCAACUAUGAAUUCAAAAGACAGUUUAAAAGAGUCAUUGAACAUGUUAAUCGAGGAUCUUGAAGUAUUCAAAGUAUUCCACGAAAAACACAGAAAAAAAUUUAAACCAUUUAAAUUCUUAUUUCACAAAGGAGCAGCAAAAGAUAUAGAGAAAUUAAAUAAAAAUUUGGAAGCAUCGUGUGGUUUGAUUAUGUUUCAAGUGUCUAUUAUGGAUAAAAUAAAUUCCCGGCAAGAUCAACGGGAUAUAUUGAAUAAAAUAGCUGAAAUGCCAGCAAGAAUAGCAAAAUUAUUGGCUGAAAGAUUAUCGGUAACGUAUGAAUUUCGUUUUAGAAUUCGAAUAUAG